UCUUCUCCUCUCUCUCAUCAUCACACAAAAUCAUCUCUCUCGCUCUUUUUUCUCUCUUUCAAUGGAAGAAGUUGCAGUUCCUCCUUAUUUCAUCUGCCCAAUUUCACUGCAAAUCAUGAAAGAUCCAGUCACGGCUGUCACCGGAAUCACCUAUGAUCGUGAAAGUAUUGAGCACUGGUUUUUGACGUCCAAAGAUGCCAUCUUUUGCCCUCUCACCAAGCAGCCAUUGACGGAAGCUUCCGACUUGACGCCGAACCACACACUCCGCCGUCUGAUCAAGUCUUGGCUGGCUGAGAACGCUGCCCCCGCCGAGAAAAUUCUGACCCCUAAGCCGCCCCUCGACAAGGCCCGUCUCCGAAAACUCCUGCGGGGCCUCGCCACUGCCUCCGACGAGGCGCUCCGGUUCGAUGUGGUGAAGAAGCUUGAAGGGCUUGCUAGCGAGGGCGACGCGAACCGACGAUGUAUGGAGGAGGCGGGGGUGGCGAAGGCGAUGGUUUUGUUUGUUAUGAGAUGUUUUAGGGAAGGGAAAGUUGGGGGACUUGAGGAAGGUUUGAAGAUUCUUAGUCUUCUUUCAAAUUAUCAAGUUUCUGAAAUUAGGGUUUUUGACUCCCGCCAUUAUUAUCAAGAGCUUAUGGAUUCUUUCAUGUGGGUUUUUGGGUUGGAGAUAGAAAAUCAUAUCAUUAUCAAAAGCUAUGCAAUUGAAGUAUUGAAGAAGGCAAUCGAUUUGGCUCCCUCAAGCAUUGAUCUCAGCCAAACGAAGCCUGAAUUCUUCAAAAAUAUCACAAAUCUCAUGAAACAAAAGAUCUCAAAUUCCGCUCUCAAAACGACACUCGCAAUCCUAAUCAACUUAUGCCCAUGGGGACGCAACCGAAUCAAGAUCGUCGAAGCCGGGGCAGUUUUCGAGUUGAUUGCGCUCGAGCUCGAGAAGCCGGAGAAGAACAUAACCGAGCUAAUCUUCAACCUCUUGGCCCUCCUAUGCUCUACGGCAGACGGGCGAGCGGAGCUCCUCCGCCACGCUGGGGGCAUCGCAGUGGUUUCAAAGCGAAUACUUAGGAUUUCAACAGCAACGAAUGAUCGGGCAAUCCAAAUUCUGUCGUUGAUAUCGAAACACUCGGCAAGGAAGGAAGUUCUUGUGGAGAUGUUGAGGGUUGGAACUGUGUCAAAGCUUUGCAUGGUGAUGCAAUCAGACUGUGAGGGAUAUUUGAAAGAGAAGGCUAGAGAGAUAGUGAGGAUGCAUUCAAAUGUGUGGAGGAAUUCUCCAUGUAUUGGGGUUUAUGUGAUGACUAGAGACCCUAGAUAGCUUGAAGAGAAAAGGAAGAAAAAAUGGUAUAUGAUUCCAAAAUCUUGUAAUUUUCUAUCAAUUUUCUUGAAAGAUGAGUAUAAAAAGUUCCCAAAGUUUUGAUCCAAGUA